GAAUUUAAUAUCUUUGAAACGCUUGGACUUUAAACUUAUACUUAGUUAGGAUAUAGCCACAUUCACCUCUCAAUACGCGGACUUCCUACAUUUUGUGCUUUUGACUUUUGUCGCAUUGCUCAACUUCCGGAAAAGGGACUAGAAUCAUACUUGUCCUAAAUACCCAUCAAUUUUAUAUGUGCAUGUGACAAGCGACAUAGUCAAAAGUCAAUCUUGUGUUAAGUUGAAUAUCCAUUUUCAAUGGUAUAUAUGUCUUACUCAUAUUGCUAAAAAAAAUACGAAUCGCCUUAUUCGUUAAAAUAUAUUGACCUUCAUUUGGUAAGAAAUGGCAAACUGGUGAUCGUGUACAAAAGCAAUUUGUCCUUUUGUAAACGACAAUGAUACAGGAUUACAAGAAUGUUAGCAAAAAGCUCUGGGCCAGUAUUCAUAAACCAUCUUAAGUCCUUUCUCAACUUAAGUCCAUUUUUUAAUUUAAGUACCUCACUGGUGAUAAGAUAUAAUUUCUUGAUAAUUUUAAAAAUACUUAAAUUUCAUAAUACUUGGAAAAAAAUCUUUAAUGCAUUUUUGUAUUGAAAUAAUAUAAUUUAACUAUGAAAAGUUAAGGAAAUUGAAUACCGGCCCUGAAAUAUGUGUUUAUCAUUUAAUGAUGCAUGGAGCAAUUCGAGGAUAACAAAAUACUGAGUUAAAUAUAAAAGGGCACAAUAUUUGUUAACGCAUCGCUCGCGAUAUUAUGUUUAUUAUGUUAAUUCAUAUGACAUUGAUGAUAUAACCCCGCCCCCCCAAAUGAUUUGUGAACAGAUAAAAAUAUGAGCCUUUAUAUGUUUACUGUUUUCUAUUUUUAGCUACGUGGUGGUCACAAAUUCCGCAGUUUAAACAGCGCAAAUUUCGCAAAUAUCCUUUUAUCUGUACACAUGCUUUUUUAUCAUAAAAAUCAAAUGAGGUCAACAUAAUAAUACAUUAAAAUUAAAUUGUGACUCUUUAAAAAAUAAUAAUAAUAAUAUGUUUAGUUGAAAAUAAACAUUAUUUUCACUUAGUAAUAUUAAGGUUUGGCCAACUUUGAUUUUUAGGUAUUUACCUUGACAUCAUGUUUUCUAUGAUACAAACGUUUUGACAUAGGUAUCAUUUUGUGCAUUGACAACAAUGCAUUUACCUUCUUAUUCGGUAUAAAAUCACUUCAUAUUUCCUUAUUAUUUUUUCCUUAUAUUUUAUUAUCGAUAUCGAUAUAGCGAAAAAUCGAGAUGAAAAAGCCAACAUUAGAAGAACUGUUAAAAUAAAAACAGAAGGAAUAAAUUCGGGACAGGGACUCAAUUUUUGAAACAAAAUCUUUCUAACAGGUGAAUUAAAAUUUUGAGUAGUCUUCAAUUGAUUAUUGAGCCCUUUCAAAUGUAUGUUCAUAGGAUUAAUAAUGCAAAUUGUGCGUACCCAUUUGUAUUUUGAAAAAAAUAAUAUUGGAAGGGUUAAGAACAUAGUAGUAUACUGUAAGACAUUAAUCAUUAAAAUGGUUAUUGGCAACUUUUUGUGUUCAGCUGUAAUACGAGUCGAAACAUGCCAAGAUCUAUCAUUUUAACGUCGCGAACAGUGACUAAAAGGCCUUAAGUAGAUGAAGAGCAACGCGCCGAACUAAAUCAAGGGAAUAGAAUGUCUUCAAUUAAUGACGGUACGAAGUUUAAGCAAUUAAGCAUGCAAACGGCUAAUAUAUCUACCACACAACUAAUUAGUUACAAUUCAUUGGGCGUUGGAGCUUAAGGAGUAGGCAAGCACAAACAAUUCUCAAUCACUUUCGUUUUGUAGGAGCAGGAAGAGUCAACCAUGUUGCGGGUUAUAUUUCUUCUGUGGAGCUUUACCAGUGUCCAAGGUCAGUUUGGCCGCUUCAUGCCAUCCCUACCAGGUGGGAUGGCACCAAGAAGCUUUGGAGAGCCGCUUCAUUCUCUUCCAUCGCCAUCGCAUACUUCAUAUGGUUUUGGUUUCCCAGGGAUGGGUUUUGCCCCUGGGAUGCCAGCAUAUAUGCCCGGAGCAGGAGGACCUGGAUACUUUGUUGACGGCUUUCCAACAAUGAGAUCAUCGUAUGAAAUGGGUAGUAUGCCAGCUUAUCGCCACAGUUCCUUUCCUAGUGGCGAAAGCACAUUUCCAUCUUCCGGAUUUCCUCAACGUGUAGACGAACCGAGGCGGCUUAUACCAGAUCGGAGACGGGAAACGCCUGUUUCUCAACUAAACAGGUCUCCACCCCGAAACGGGUCUCCACCCCGAAACAGGGCUCCACCCCGAAGACAGAUGAACACACAUACCGAUCACCACCAUGGGCAUAACCACAAUCAUGACCAUAGGCCUCUUCCAAAGGUAGAGGCCAAAACAACGCCAACGCCAACAAUGAAACCAACAAAUACCAAUACCCCACCAAAUAAGUACGUGAAACCCAUAUCCGUUGAUGUCGUUCCGAAAGCCACAAAAGAUAUCCAAGUCGUCAUAAAACGGGUGCCUGACCGUGUCGUCCCGAAACCACCAACUGCAGGAAAACUGGGCAUAAACCCUUUGCUCGCCGAAAAAGUAGCAAACACUAAAACCGAUGAAAAGGUUGCAUACGAACUCAAGCCUGACAAAUCCACAAAAAGUAACCAAGUCGUCGUUAAACCGGUGCCUGACCGUGUCGUCCCGGACCCGCCAACUACAGGAACAUUUGGCAUAAACCCUUUGCCAGCCGAAAAAGUCGCAAACACUAAAACCGAUGAAAAGGUUGCAUACGAACUCAAGCCUGACAAAUCCACAAAAAGUAACCAAGUCGUCGUUAAACCGGUGCCUGACCGUGUCGUCCCGGACCCGCCAACUACAGGAACACUUGGCAUAAACCCUUUGCCCGCCGUGGAUGUCACACACCCUACAAUCGAAGAAAAAGUAGCAGCCGAAAUCGAAGUCGCUCUAAAGAAAAUUGAUGCUGAAAAUGUGGCAGCCGAUUUCGCUCUCAAUAGCGUUGCUACAAAACAAACAGAGCCUGGAAAUGUUGCUACAGGCGCUGCAGAAAAGUUGCAAGCUAUCAGCGUGAAGACCGUGAUGAACAUCGGCGGGUCGAAACCACCAGGUGGAAUGCCAAUAUUGCUCAGUGGUACACAAAAAGUAAAAGCAAGAGGACCAUGUGAGCUUCCUCCAAACUGCAUGUGCACUUGCGGGAAACUGGUUUGUGAAAGGACAUUAAAAAGGAUGACCUUCAGCUGCUCAGAGGGAUGUCAGAUAUCGUGCGAAUACUGAGCUAAAUCUAUUUGUAUGUGUAGCUUCGCUUACAAUUUAAAUACAUUUUAAGUGAAUUUAUUAACACAAGUUUGCUGAAUUUGUUAGCAGUAUAUGAUUUUGAAAGAAUUCACUGUUCGGACUGAAUUUAUAUUAUCAUUCGUAAAAUAGUUCUGUUAAAAUAACCAGGACAUACACGAUGGGAUUUGUUUCGUGAGCGAUCAUAACUAUCUAUGCUAAUAAAUAUAUCAUAAAAAACAACAACAACAAAAACAUUAUGUGAACUAGAUUUGAUAUGCAUGUCUUAUUUAUGACUAACAUCUGACAAUUAUGUACAUCAUUCUAUAAUCCACAGUAUGGCAAAGAAAAGUGUAGGGUCGGUCGGUUAGUGGAUACAAACAAAUUUGUUUACACCUGAGCUGCUGUUGAACACCCAAUACCCCUUUAAACAAUGUUCAACUUUUAUUUUCCAUUAUUUAAUCGUAUGGAUAGAUAAUGAUUAUUGUCGUAAAACAUAAAAUGUUGCAGUGACAAUAUAAAUUUAACGAUUGAUAUUAAUUUAUAUAAAAGAAACGACAAAAACAUAUUACAAUUUAAGUUAAGAAAUCAUGAAGGAAGUAAAGAGUUAUUUGAUGAAUACAAAACAGUGACAUUAAAGCAUCAAAUAAGCAAAGAUAUUAACCUAAAAAAAUAAUAUAAUUUACAUUACGAAAACAUAAAGAGAGUAGAGUUUUAUAUAAAUGAUACAAAAGAGUGACUUUAAAGUACCAAAUACACAGAGAUCUUAACAUCAAAUUAAGAAUGAAUCUUUUU